AUGACCCGCGCCUUCCUUUCCACGGUGUCCUUUCGUCCGAGACCGAAAAGCGCAAAUGACCUUUGGACAGGGAAGGGAGGCAGUAAACACUCAGACUUCCUUACCAGCCCCUGGUCGGCACUGUAGCAGAACAAUUGUCUGCCCCCCGGGUUCAAGCACCUAGGCCUCCGCCCAGCAUCACCUGGCCAGGGGCGGACCCGGGAGUCCGCUGAAGGCUCCACUCCCCACUUUCACUACUCUUCCUUCCUCUCCGUUCUCCCUUCAGAUCAGCAGCCGAACACUGUCCCUGCCUCGAUUUUCUUUGCUGUGGGAGGGGAAAAAAAAGUUUGCUGCUCCUCCCAAGACAUUUCCACUUUCUACUCACUGAAGUUCCCACCGCAGAGCUGGCUCCUGGCUCCCCAGCCCCCGCCCCAUGUCUGCAGGAAAGCCCUCCCCCGGAGCUUCCGAAACUGCCGGAGGUUCCACAGUUUUGUAGCUCCGAAUGGGCGACCUGAGCCGAACCGCUGUCUGGCUCGGCGGUCCGCGGGAUCCUUCAGGCUCCUUUCGGGUCCGGGACGGGGCGGCGGCAGAGGUGGGGCGUGCGUGCUUGGAGCUGCCGAGUGCGUGCGGCUCCCUCGUGGGCGCUCGAGCAUCUCCCCGCCCUCCCCUGGGACCGGCAGUCCGCCCGUGGAGGGCUGGAAGCCCGCGACCAGGCCUGCCCCGGCCGUCGCCGACCUGUCCUUGGAAGCGUGGCGGAGACUGGUGCGCUCCCAGCCUCCUCGCGCCACCCUCCACUUUCAGCUUCAGAGCGGAGGAUGCCGCCGACCUGUACCUGUACCUGUACCUGCACUCGGCCGUUAGGAAAUCCACUUGCAUUUUUAACUACCGUGCAGAACCAGAAACAGAUCGAGUACUGGGAGAACAAGGACGACGCCUUCUAGGAAAGCCUGAACCUUUAUGUUAGUUUAAUCCAAAGUUUGGGCUAGAAGUGAGGAGAAUCCCUAAACUCGAACUAGUGUGCCCAGACCCACAGCCCGUGUUGCCGAAGUUGCUAAGUGCCCGAGCGCAGCGCGUUAAGUAGAGAAGUCUUGGUAGUAAGCGAACCCGACCCGGCUCUCGGGGCGCUAGUGACGGAAAGCAGCACACGCACAUCUUUGCGGGAAGAAUCUAGAGUCGCCCUGGGAUAGAUCCAUCUCCUUCUGCCACUGAAUUUCACACUUGUAAAAGAUAAGGUCAUGCCGGCGGAUGAAUGAUAUCCCCCACUCAUUCUAGCCAUUCUUAUUAUUUUUUUUUUAAAAAAGGCUUGUCAAUUAUGAAGGUGUGUCCCGGAUAUUACAUGAAGAUCAUGCAAACUACUUGAAAUUUAAAUCCGGACAUGAUCGUGAGGAAACUCUUUCAUAAAGCACUUUUGUGGCACAGUUCCCCCACCCCCCCCACACACGAAAGUAUUAGGUCUUUAAAACUUUUAUAAGUAUGUAAGUGAGACUCCCUCUUACUAUCUACGAAUACACAAUAAAGAGAUGAGACACUGCCCCAAUCCUAAAGAGGCCAGAACUGAAGGGCUACAUUGUGAGAGUUGGGGGAUGCUUCUUUUUUUCAGCUCUUUUUUCUAGAAUCCUCAUUACAGCUAACGCUGGUAACAAAGGUAGGAAACAAUGGAACUCAUAAAACUUAGAAAUGGUAAUAAAUCUUGGCUCCUGUCUCUAGCCCAGUUCCUUCUUACAUGAGAUUCAAAGUUUUUCAGUAUGCAAUGCUGAACAUUCACACUAUGGUUGCAA